GAAAGGAGGUGGAACGGCUCUGUUGGUAUUUCUUAACAUGCCCUUGGAGAAUGAGGGCACUUCCAGAUGGUUCAUGACGGUGGUCGGCCUGCUAGCAGCUGUUUCUGGUUAUCAGCACGUCUGUAAUCUGUCGUCCCCUGGAAAUGACACCGAGAGGACAAGGACUUCAUCUAAAGGAAGACUGAAUUGAUUUGCUUGUUUUACACUAUGUAUCAGAAGGUUUCUUUAUUGGGCGGAAACAACAGAGUUGACCAUCCAUAAAGACAUUCAUCUUUCCCACAGUAUCUCAAAGCUACCGCAGUGCUUCAUCCAUCUAUUCAUGCUUUAUGGUUGAAGGAGACAGAUUUCUUUUUGUCAGCCAGAGUAAUAAAGAGUCCAUUUUCGCCAUCAGCCUGUGGAUUAUACUGACAGCAAGCGAUCUGUCUGCAAACGGCCUUGCGUCCACAACUCGGCCCUGUCAGGAAGAUACGACAGGGAAAAGAGGAAGCAAAUCACGCUGAGGCGUCAACGUACCUUCAGCUCUUCGACGUCCACACCAAUAAGAAAUCAUCAACGGCCUGACUCUGAUCCAGAUUGUUCAGCGCGGAUCUUUUGAUCCGAGACGCUCGACCUCAGGCGUUAAAUCACAGAGAACAUACGAACAGGACCAUAUAUCAAAGUGAAGCUUCUGCUGAAGCUCGGAGGUCUCUGAGGAUCUGCGACUGUCAGACCGCCAAGUGGUUCUGGCAACUAAUCCCACAUCCUAAAGGCAGAAGAGACAGCAAGGGUUCUCGGGGAAAGAGACAGAGCGAACAAGAAUCUGUCAAGCGUUAUUACUAAACAGCCAAGUCUUUACCCAUCAGUCUACAGAGACAAACACACUCCUGUCUGAUCUUUAAGAGACACCUGUCAGCUAUUAAAGGCUCUCCUGACUAGUCAUGGCUGACUGGAGUCUGCUGGGGAACUUUCUAGAAGAAGUCCAGGAACAUUCGACUUCGGUGGGAAAGGUGUGGCUCACCAUUCUUUUCAUCUUCCGGAUCCUGGUCCUGGGAACAGCUGCCGAGUCCUCGUGGGGCGACGAGCAGGAAGACUUCACCUGCGACACGGAGCAGCCCGGGUGUGAGAACGUUUGUUACGACCGAGCGUUUCCCAUCGCGCAUAUACGCUACUGGGUGCUCCAGAUAGUGUUCGUGUCCACGCCGUCUCUCAUCUACAUGGGACACGCCAUGCACAGCGUCCGCAGCGAGGAAAAGAAGCGGAAAGAGCAGGAAGACGGAGAUGGCGAGAAGUACCCAGAAAAAGACAAGGACUGUGGGAAGGAGGAUGAAGGUGGAGGUGGGAAGGUGCGGUUGAAGGGAGCUUUGCUACAAACUUACGUACUCAGUAUCCUCAUCCGCUUCGUAAUGGAGGUGGUCUUCAUCAUAGUCCAGUAUCUGAUCUACGGAGUCUUCCUCAAUGCGCUCUACGUGUGUAAGGCUCCUCCGUGUCCACAUGCGGUCAACUGCUACAUCUCACGACCUACGGAGAAGAACGUGUUCAUUGUGUUCAUGCUGGCGGUAGCCGCCGUGUCUCUGUUUCUCAGUGUCGUGGAACUGUAUCAUUUGGCGUGGAAGCAGUGCAAGAGGUGGCUACACGAUUAUAAGACUUCCAAACGACGAGCGAUCGCGCCGUCCACCGUGGCUGCAGUCUCUCCAAACCCGCCCGCGCCAAACCGAGCCUGUACUCCACCUCCCGACUUCAACCAGUGCCUGACAUCGCCACCGUCUUCCCCUACUAUCCAGACACACGCACACUCGCUUAUACAUCCAACCUGUCCGCCGUUUCACGACCGCCUGGUGCACCAACAGAACUCGGCAAACAUGGUUACCGAACGCCACCGAGGUCAAGACUACCUAGGGGUCAACUUCUUGAGCUUCUCGCAAGCGCCCACAGAGACGCCUGAUUCAUGCGCCUCGCCUUCAUUUCUCAGCAGGGAAUUUGAUGAGGACAAGCGAAGGUUUAGCAGGAGCAGCGGGACCAGCAGCCGCAUGAGGCCGGAUGACCUUGCAGUAUAGCACCGACCGAUCAUCUCUAGAAAAGGGUCGUCUACUCUACUGUGACUAGACAAACAUGCUAUACUUUGGCACUUGCACUUACUUGUCUGUGUCAUUGCUGUCAAAAAGACAGAGACAGAAUAUCAGUUCACAUAAUAUGCAUAAUGAGAGUGAUGCAUAGAAAGACAAAUCAUCAACUUUUGAAAAGUCAACAUGAAAUCAAAAUGGAAAUAUAGCUGCAAGCAGCAAUACCGGGGCCAAGCACAAAGACGUUUUUCACCUAUUUUACCACUAGGUGGCGCUGUUUUGAAACUUCUCAGGCUUCUUCAGGACAUCGUACUGAUGACCCAUACCGAGUU